UGGACAGGUUGCCAGUCUAUCGCAGGUUUUACCAUGUCCUUAUGUAUUUAUUAUUUUUUCAAAAGGACAUAUCAUUGUAGAAGACAUAUUAAGAACAACUUUUUAAUUUCAUUUAUAGCCUAGAUAAAAUAUUUUUGGUGGUAAAUAUAGUUUACAUCGGGAGAAUGGACUAUAACCAUCAAUAGCUAUCACUCUCUACAUGUCGCAACCAUUAGAGCUCUAAUGGUGAUGUUUCCCCUCCCUCCUGUCCCCGUCGGUUGCGCCACGGACUGAAAGUGAAAAGUUGCGCUCCUUCAUGUGUAGCAGCCAGCCAGCCAGACUGGCUGCAGGGGGGCACCGCGCAGCCGGAUCAUCCACUGCUGUUUUAUUCGCUUCCAGCGACAUGGAGCCUCCGGACUUUGAAGCCAUGAACCUGACGGUGAAGCCGGCGUCGCCAGCCUUCCCACUCUGCGAGGAAUGGAGGGAGGGCGCCGAAGGCUCUUUGUUCCACCUCGCCAACAUACUCCUUUUCCUCGGCUUCAUGGGAGGAAGCGGCUUCUACGGACUGCUUUACCUGUUCACCUUCCUGACUCUGGGCUUCUUCUGCAGCAGUCUGUGGGCAUGGUCGGACCCAUGCACCAUGGAUACUUUUCUCUGGACCUUCGUCUUGUUUUUGGCGUGUUUGGCCCAAGCUCUGUACAUAGCCUACAAGUUGAGGAGCCUGACAUUCGACAAGGACUUUGAGGAACUGUAUAACUGCAUGUUUAAAAAGCUCGGAGUGUCCCUUUCACAUUUUGGAAGGAUAGUGUCCUCCAGUGACGGAGCUGUCCACACCUUGGAGAAAGGCCAGUGCUUCGCUGUAGAAGGAAAAACGGCUAUUGACAAGCUGUCUGUGCUUCUGUCUGGCAGAAUCUGUGUGACGGUUAAUGGAGAGUUCCUGCAUUACAUCUACCCUUUCCAAUUCCUGGAUUCUCCAGAAUGGGAUUCUCUGAGACCCUCAGAAGAAGGAAUAUUCCAGGUGACUCUGCAUGCUGAUCAUCAGUGCCGAUACGUAGCUUGGAGGAGGAAGAAAUUGUACCUGCUUUUUGCGAAGCACCGCUUCAUAGCCAGGAUCUUUGCCCUGCUUGUGCGCAAUGACAUAGCUGAAAAAGUGUACUCACUUAGUGACAAGGCUUUUGAUAAGGCAGGUCACCGCUAUGAUCUUCGCUUACCAAGUUACUGCCACAUGCCAGGUCCAGAAUUAGAAAGAGCACAUGACCCCCUGGAAGUUCCCGUGCCAGGGGAAAGGACUGCCUGAUCAUACACACAUACUUUCAGUGUCAGGCCUCCACGUAUAGAGCUUACUUUCUGCAUUUAAAAAAGUUGUUGGAGCUAAAACCUCUCCGUGCUUGGGAUAAUGUUGAAGUGAUUAGCCAAUCUUUACUCACAAGUACUCCUCAGGUGUAAGAUACGAAUCCCAAAGAAAACCAAGUCAAUCCCUCUAUAAGUGAAGCUGAAGCCUGGGUGCUGUUUAUCAGGCAGGUCUACAGCCACAGACAUGCCAAGGAUUAAUUACAGCACAUUCUGGAGUUCCUUACACAGUAACCCAACUAGAAUUCACUAAACAGUCAAAGGUUUAAUGUUUUUUCAUCCCCAGAGGACACAAAGCUAAAUAUUUAUUCUAAAUCUGUAAAAGAAAAUCAAUGGAAUAUUUUGUAUGCAACUAGGGUAAGAAUAUGUCCCUUCAAAUAUACAAUGCAGAACAUAAACAGCUUCUCAGUUUUAUUUCAGUCCUUUAUCCUCUACUCAAUUUUUCAUAAUCAAUUUAAUUAUUAACAGUAAAUUAGAUGAUGAUUUUAACUGAGCAGUUCAUUCAUUACUGGGCAUAUUAAUCAAAAUGUCUGCAUGUCCGAACAAAAGUAGUAUGCUCACUAACAAAAAGAGUUGAGCAUUAAGUUAUGAAUUGUCAGAUUUAGAUGUAAUUGUAAUUUGCAGCCACAAACUGGUUGAAUAAAUAAAUUCAUUUUUUAAGUGCUGUUUAAAUUUCCAUGAGUACAAGGAACUCUGGCACUGCAACUAGUCUGUGCCCAGGGGCCCACAUCCUGUUAAAACCUACCAUGUACAGAUGUCAGAGUGGAUCUGACGGCCUCAUUGUGUUACCAAGAAUUCACUCCACAUUGUCCAGAUGCACAAUACGACAACCUGACUAUCCAACUCAAACUGAACAUCUUCUCUGAGGCUGUUCACUCACUGUUUUUGGGUGAUUGUCCAAUCCUCUGGAAACUGCCUCUAAUAUUGUUGCAUUUCAUAUGGUGUUUAAACUUGCUGUAUGCUGAACCUAGAGGCAAACAUCACUGGACAAAUAGGAACAUAGAUGGAGAUAAUAGCACUGUUGGAGAAAUUGAUUUAAAACAGUUGCUUGCAACAUACGAUUGUGAUAAGUACAUUCAAAUUAUUUCAGUGUGCUGAUGUGUAUACAGAGAUGUGCUAUUUGUUUGGAAAUGUUGUGCUCUCAUGAUAAUGUGAAAUAUUCAUGUUUCCUGUUCUUUUGGACAAAGAUUAAAGAAUGCUCUGGGAGUUAAA